AUGGAAAAAAAAGCUCCAGAAAUUGCUAACGCAUUGGCAAACAAGGUUCAUCGAAGUACUAUUCAUCAUUGGUUACGUCGGUAUAAAAAAUCUGGAUCAAUUAAUGUUAAACUACAAUCAGGAAGACCAAGAACUGGACGUCUUCGACGAGUACAUUUAGUGGAAGAACAUGAUGGUGAAUUAAUCAUAGAUAAACAUAAUUAA